UUCAAACGCUUUUCGCUGGCAGGAAACCUUUUGUUCGCACGCAUAAUUUGGUAUAAACUACCCAGCUAAGCUGAGGUUAUUUAUUCGGGGCUGUAUUUUACUGUCGAUUGCAUCAGGGUCGAAGGAAAAAAUAUUCGAUUAAUUUUCUACCCAUUUCCUUUGACCAAGAACUGGUUUACACUUUCCUGUCAAUAUGGCUCAACGAUUGACUGCAGCCCAGCGUGAAGAAAUAACGGCAGCUUUUAAGCUGUUCGACAAAAACGGUGAUGGGCAUAUCUCGGUGGAGGAGUUAGGUGAAGCUAUGAAGCAAGCUGGACAGGAGAUGCAAAUCGAGGAUAUUAAAGAUAUGAUCAAAGCAGUGGAUCGCAAUGGCAAUGGUAAAGUAGAAUAUAGUGAGUUUGAAGACAUGAUGGCCAGCCAAAUUGGAGAACCGAUGACGGGUGAUGACCUCAAGUACUACUUCAAGAAGUUUGAUACAAAUGAAGAUGGUUUCAUAACUAGUGACGAACUGGGACUGGUGAUGAAAACGUUUGGUGGCAAAACCUACUCAAAGAAAGAAAUCGAUGACAUGAUCAAGGAGGCUGAUACGGACAGCGAUGGAAAAGUCAGUUACAAAGAAUUUGUUGCCAUGGUUACACAGAAAGGGAACUGAUGGAAAAUGAUCUCAACAGAGGAUGUUUGCUUUACUUGAAGUGGUGGGCUUCAAGUGGCCUGCCUUCAUCCCACAACUGUUUAACAGGUUCACAUUUCUCGAGCUGGCAACCUCGUUCCCAUUUCCUUUUCUCUUAGCUGGGGACUGGGAACGAGGUUGCUCGAGCUGGCACCAGUAGUGUGGUAUACUGAACGUAUGACAGGAAAUGAGUGUGUUCCGUCGGUAGAGACUGAAUUCUGUAAGCAUAAGAUGUGUAAUAAUGGGUAGCUAAGUUGACUAGGUAAUACUGCGGGAUUAAACUUUUGUCUUUCUUCAAAA